GUAUUUCAACAAUGCAUUUGUAUUUUAAUUUUAAGUUAGAAAAAAAAAUGUAAUUAAGUUUAUAAAAGAGGAUUUUUGACUCUAAGAAAAGAUUUGAAGAGAAAAUUGUUCAAAAAUUACGUAACAAGGAAUUUUGUGUUAAGUGAAUUUAAUUAAAAUUUAUCUCUAAUGGUCAAUGUACCACCGGAAAACAGUAAACAAACAAGACCAUUCAUGAAGAAUACAAAGAAAUUCUACAAACAACAUCCAAACAAGUUGUCGUCGUCAUCAAAUCGACAUUACUUUCAGUCAGGUAAUAUCGAUGAAUCGAUGACAUCGGAGCCAACGAGUCAUGGCAAUAGUGGUGAAAAUUCAUCGCAAUCACAACUCGUGGUUGAAUCAUCGCCGGUAAAUAUAGCAAUUGUUACACCAACGGCGCGUAAUCCAACGACACAUAAUAUGAAUAUUAAUCACAGUCACAAUUGUAAAGCUGGAACUAUUCCACCACCACAAAUUGGCAAUGCUGUACCACCACGAACUAUGCAUGUACAACACCAUAUUCAUCAUAUACAACCGGUCCAAAUAUCAACUGCCAUAUCGCCGGGGCAAAUACAAGCUAGUGCUACGACAGCACAAUUGACAGCUCAUCAACCAAAUCCGUGGCCGGUUGUUGAGCCUGCUUUUCAUUUCGGUCCAGGUUUUGAAAUUCAUCAAUCGUAUUGUCCAACACAUUCUCAUACUGAUCAGCAUAUUGUAUUAUUUCACUUAUCGCCUGGCGUCGCAGUCUCAUUUCAAAUUGCCGGUGGACAUAAAAUCAUUCAAGGACCAGUCACAGUGCCAAUGGUAUCACAAAGUGGAUCACCUCCUAUUCCAAUGCCGGUUCAAGUGCCACCAGGACAUGUAAUGCAACAAAUUGUUGAUGAAAAUGGAACGCUACGUCAUGUAAUUUUAUCAACACAACAUCAACAGUUACAAAGUGGUGUACAAGGUGUUCAACACCAUAUCCACGGUCAUUUCAUAACUGCCAACGGAACAGCUCCACAAUAUUACAAUCCAAUAGCAGGAUAUCCACCAACAAAUCAAGCCAGCUCAACAAAUCAAUUAUAUACGACAAUGAAUCAUCAGCAAGCUCAACAAUUGUCACAUUCGCCAUCACCUCCGAAUAGCACAAAUAACAACAACAGCAACUCUAGCAACAAUAACAAUAACUCGAUAAAUAAUAUUAAUUAUCAAAACAACGAGAGGGCCCAGCGACAAUAUAACAAGUUAAUACGAAAAUUGGAAUCACGCAAUACGACAAGUCAAGUUCAUUCCCAAGCAUCAAGAAUCAAUAAUAGAAAUGACAAUCUCAAUGGCUCUAGUGGUACUCGUAGAAAUAAUUUACAACGAAAUGGUACAAACUCUGCUGGUGGUGCUUCAUCAGUAGGAACAAGUGAUGAUGGUGAAGAAUCAUCGAGUGUACCAGAUGAGGAGGAUGAUAUGCAAAUUCUUAUUGACUAUUUAUCAUCAAUUGAACCACCAGUGGUUAAGGAAAUUCAAUCGCAUACAGCACUUGUUACGUGGGAAGCUCCACCACAACCAACUGAAAAUGCCUUAGUCAAUCUCAACACCAACGAUAUCCGUUAUGAAAUUCUAUUGGGUGAUCGUGGAAAAGAUGGCAAAUACAAAUCAAUUUUUCGUGGUACAAAUCUUUCAUGUCGCAUACAGGAUUUGCGUGCAGGACAAGAAUAUCAUGUGUGUCUUAGCGCUCAUUUGGAUGAUGUAAAGGGAUCAGAGACUGAACCAGUGGUUUUUAAGACACCGGCACGCGAACCUGACACACCAACGCAACCUAAAGUUCUUGCAAAGACCAAAAGUUCUUUACAAUUACGAUGGAAUGCACCAGUCGAUAAUGGUUCACAUAUAAUUCACUAUGUUCUGGAAAUGAGUAACGAACCAGAUGGUGAAUUUACAGAGUUGUGUAAAAUUAAGGGUAAACAAUUUACAGUUAACAAAUUAACACCAGCAGCAUGGUAUACCUUCCGCUUAGCGGCAGUUAAUGAAGUCGGACGAUCAGAGUAUUCGCAACCAGUUUCAUAUAAUACAGACGGAUAUCCACCACCUCAACCACUACCUCCACGAGUUCAUAAUGUGACAACAACAUCAAUUGCAUUACUUUGGAGUCGAAGACGUGAAGAUGGUGAAUUUAUUCUACAAAUGUCAAACCAAGGCCCGCAAGGAUACAUGAAUGUUUAUUAUGGACCAGAAUUAAUUUAUGAAUGUACACGACUUCAACGUGCAACAAGCUAUCAAUUUCGUUUAGCAUCUAAGACUGAUGCAGGACAAUCUACAUGGAGUGAUGAGAUAUCAGUGGUAACACUUCCUGAUCAACCGGGACGUCCAUCAAAGCCUCAAGUAAAAGGAAAGAUCCAUGCAUAUAAUUUCAAAGUGAAAUGGGAUCCUCCACAUGAUAGAGGCGGUGCAGAAAUUAAAUGUUAUCAUUUAGAAAUCAGUUCGGGUGCAGUUUAUGAACGAAUUUAUAGUGGAACGUUAGCAGAAGCUGUAUGUGAUCGACUUAGUCCGGGUACAACGUAUCAAGUUCGUGUAUUGUGUGAGGGACCUGGUGGCGUAAGUGGACCAUCUGAUACGUCAACAAUUACAACAGAAGCCAUCGUUCCAAAUCCACCUAAAACUCCGUACUAUAGUAAUCUACCUGGACCAUAUGCAGCAGUGCUGCAAUGGGAUAAACCACAUUAUCAAGGAGGAGCUCCUGUAAUUGAAUAUGAACUUGAAUUAGAAGGCAUUCUUAAUGAAGGGAAUGCGGAUAGAAAAAAGCAAAAAACAAUUGUUUAUCGUGGCAAGGAGCCAUAUUGUGUUGUUAAAGAUCUCCUUCCUGGAGAAUCAUAUACAACUCAUGUACGUGCUGUGAAUCGUAUUGGUGCUGGUGAAUGGUCUGAUGAAUUUUCUUUCCGUGCUGGUUCAGCGCCACCUGGCAAACCUCUUUCUCCUGAAGUUCAAGUGCGCUCAGCAACAAAUUUACUUGUUAAAUGGCAAGAACCUUUAUGCAAUGGUGCACCGAUUAUUGACUAUAAGUUGGAAAGUUCAUCGAAACAAGAGGACGAUGGAUUUAAUAUUGUAUAUCAUGGCACAGAAAUGAGUGCUGAUUUGAAGGAUCUGUUGCCAUUCACCACUUACUUUUUCCGUCUUCACGCUGUCAAUGCUUCUGGUCGCAGUCCAAACUCAACAACUGUUUCUCAACGAACACCGGCUGAUGUGCCUGGUAUUCCAACACUUUUGCCCGAUCUGUUUGCCAUUACAUCAAAUACAGCACACUUCUUUUGGAAGGAACCGGAGUCAAAUGGUGAUGCAAUAAAUAAAUACAUACUAGAAUGUGGUGAUCGUCAAUUGGAGACAGAUAAAAAUCAAACUGAUCUCCUGAUUGAGCAUUUAAGUCCAGAGCAAAUGUAUAAAAUUAGAGUACAGGCUGUGAAUUCGAUUGGUGCUGGUGCCUUUUGUACUUCACAAAAAAUAUUGACAAAACCUUUGCCACCGAAGCCACCUCGAUUAGAGUGCAUACAACAUGGCUACAAUUCUUUGAAACUUAAAUGGGGUAGUGGCGAUGGUGCGCCGACAUCAACAAUGAGCAAGAGUGCCAAUAUUAUGGACUUCCAUCGAUUUUAUGUUGAAAUGAAAAUUAAGAGCUCAUCAAAAGACUUUCAAAAUAUUUAUACAGGCACACGUAAUUCCAUCAAAGUACAAAAAUUACACGAGUCUACAGAUUAUGCAUUCCGUAUAUGUGCACAAACUGAGCAUGCUGGCAUUGGCACAUGGUCUGAAGAAUACUAUUAUCGUACUCAAGCAGCACAACCGAACGUUGUAAAGAUUCUUCGAUGCACUGAAAACUUUCCUCUGAUAAAUAACAAUGCAAAUGAGUCACAUAUUGAUAUAUUACCAACACUGACAGUUGAAUGGCAGCAUAGUAAAAAUAAUCACUUUAAUGAUAGCGUUGAAUAUAUCCUUCAAAAGGCAACUUCUGCUGUUAGUAAUAAUAAGAAUCUUCAAUAUGAGGAGGUCUACCGAGGUGCCGAUACCCGUUUCACAGAAACAGUUGAAUACGACACCGAUUAUAGUCUCCGCGUGAUUCCAGUUCGAGUAAUGAAAUCUAAGCGAACGACAUCUGUAUGCUCAUCCUCGACAAGAAAUUCACAUGAUAGUGAUGAAGUUGAUGGUCGACAGAGUAGCGAUGAAUCAGAUUCUGACGAAUCAGAUGAUGAGGUUAAAAGAAGAAUAAACGAUACACCAGUAACAUACGAAUAUGUGCUUGGUACAGCAUCUUCCGCUUAUCACUAUAGAUUGCCAAAAUCAUCAGAAGUUCAUUCAGUCGCAGCAAAUUCAACAAUAACGACAGCUUCAAGUCAAUCGACAAAUGCAUCUAGAAAAGUUACAAAAUCAAGCGUAAGUGCAAAGUCAUCACAAUCACAAGUCAAUGUUUCGAAAAAACAUCAUCACAUGCAGCAGAGCCAUAAACCAUCAAAUGUAGAGACAGAAUUAAAUUCAGUUGACUCAUCGGAUGAUGAGAAGCCAGCGGAAGUGACAAGUGCAAAGCAAAGUUUGUUCCUUAAUCUACUCAAAGCCAUUCGUGAAUUUUUCUAUAAUCGUAAUAAUUGGUCGGUGACUCAAGAGAGCAUAUUCAUUUGGCUUAUUUUCAUGAUCUUUGCAAUUAUUGUCGGAGGCAUUCUCCAUUUCAUCAUGGCGUAAGCAUAACAACUUAUAAAUUAAAAAAAAAAACACAAAAAAUAAUAAUUAAAAAAAAAUAUAAAAAAUGAUAAACAUAAAAAUAAUUAUUAUUAAAUCAAAUUUAUUCUGAAAAAAAAAAUCAAUCGAUAUGUGUAGCUCUAAAAAUUUAUAUAUAAAUUAAAAGCUUUUACGAAUGAUGAUGAUGAUGAGAAUAAGAAGGAAAUCGUAGUAUAUGAUGUAUACAUAUAACAAUCAGAAUUUUUAUGUGCAGGUUUUUUUCGAAAGAAGAUUGAUAAGGAAAUCCUUUUGUUUUUACAUGAGAAACUUUUUGUGCAUUAUUUUUUACAUAUAUAUUUUAAAAAUAUAUUCUUCUUACUUAUAUAUAUGGAUCAUGUAUGUUAUUAUAUACCUAUAACUAAAAUGUUUCUAUUGUCUUGAUUUAUAUUGUGUCUC